UCGACUUCCGGUUGUUCGGAACAGUCUUGAAUAUUAUUUCGUCGGUUGGUUUUUUUUCGCACGCGGUUUGCACUUCGCGCAACACGUCCUCGGUACAGUCAAAUAUUUUAGCUUAAAAAAUAACAGCUGGUCGCCUGUCAUUUUUUUUUUAUUCGACGAAAUAAUUUUUCUCGCUUUCGUUCGCCCCGGUGGAACAUUCGGGAGAUUUCUCGAUAUCGCUUGAUAUUACGUCAGUCGGUUGUGAGCGGAACGCGCGCACGUACAAUUUGCGCGACUCCUAUUCGCGCGUUCACGCGAAAACCCUAACGCGAUUGGUUCGAUCGGAAGAUUCUCCGGGUGAGAAUAGGUACGUAUGCGCGUGACGGCGUGCGCGGGUCCUACGUUGUACGAGAAUAUUACGAGAGUUGCAUCACUGCGCUACACACGCGAAGUUGAUCGCGUUUCCCGAUUCCGUUUUCUUCCGAAUCGAAAAACUCUCCCAAGCCGGUGUAAUUAAUUAAGACGAAGCGAGAAUGUUGGCCGCCGCGAGAUUGCUGAAUCGCAACUACGUUGGUGUCGCGUGCGACAUCACCAGGAAGCAACAGUUCAGCAUCCUGAAAAAUGUUGCAGUUCCUACAGUUACUGCACCACACAGGUUUACUGAUGUACAGCAGUAUCGAUACAAGUCAGAGGGAGUAAAGGGUGCGGUUAUAGGUAUUGAUCUCGGAACGACUUUCUCCUGCGUAGCGGUGAUGGAAGGGAAACAAGCCAAGGUCAUAGAAAAUUCCGAGGGUUCUAGGACCACUCCGUCUUACGUGGCGUUCACAAGAGAUGGCGAACGUUUAGUCGGUAUGCCUGCAAAACGUCAGGCCGUCACGAACUCUGCCAAUACAUUUUACGCAACAAAACGACUGAUCGGACGGAGAUUUGACGAUCCCGAAGUAAAGAAGGACAUGAAAAGUGUAACGUACAAAAUAGUGAAGGCGUCCAACGGAGACGCUUGGGUUCAAGGUGCCGACGGGAAGAUGUACUCCCCGAGUCAAAUAGGAGCGUUUGUACUUAUGAAGAUGAAAGAAACAGCCGCGGCUUAUUUGAACACUUCCGUAAAGAAUGCCGUUAUCACCGUGCCGGCGUAUUUCAAUGACUCCCAGCGACAAGCCACGAAGGACGCCGGCCAGAUCGCUGGAUUGAAUGUACUUCGAGUGAUAAACGAGCCAACCGCGGCUGCGCUCGCCUACGGCAUGGACAAGCAGGAAGAUAAAAUCAUUGCCGUUUACGAUUUAGGCGGUGGCACCUUCGAUAUCUCGAUUUUGGAAAUCCAGAAGGGUGUUUUCGAGGUGAAAUCUACCAACGGAGAUACAUUCCUUGGAGGCGAAGAUUUCGACAACUCGUUGGUUAAUUAUCUCGUAUCCGAGUUCAAGAAGGAGCAAGGCAUAGAUGUGACGAAGGAUCUGAUGGCGAUGCAGAGACUGAAGGAAGCCGCGGAGAAAGCGAAAAUCGAACUGUCGAGUUCUCUUCAGACGGACAUAAAUCUACCUUAUCUCACGAUGGAUUCGAGCGGUCCGAAGCACUUGAAUCUUAAACUGUCCAGAAGUAAAUUCGAAAGUCUCGUGAGCGAUCUGAUCAAGCGUACCGUUCAACCGUGUCAGAAGGCGCUUUCCGAUGCCGAGGUGUCGAAGGCCGAAAUCGGCGAGGUUCUUUUGGUCGGCGGUAUGACGAGAGUACCGAAGGUUCAGCAAACCGUUCAGGAAAUAUUCGGCAGACAACCAUCCAAGGCUGUGAAUCCGGACGAAGCUGUGGCCGUUGGUGCAGCGGUUCAAGGAGGUGUGCUCGCGGGAGAUGUGACGGAUGUUCUGCUUCUCGAUGUCACUCCUCUGUCGUUAGGUAUCGAAACGCUCGGCGGUGUGUUCACAAGAUUGAUCUCUCGCAACACAACCAUACCUACGAAAAAGAGUCAGGUGUUUUCCACGGCCGCGGACGGCCAGACUCAAGUCGAGAUCAAGGUUCAUCAGGGCGAGCGAGAAAUGGCGUCCGACAACAAACUUCUGGGACAGUUCAGCCUCGUCGGGAUUCCGCCCGCGCCGAGAGGCGUGCCGCAGAUAGAAGUUACGUUCGAUAUCGACGCGAACGGCAUAGUUCACGUGUCGGCUAGGGACAAGGGAACUGGCAAGGAACAACAAAUUGUUAUUCAGUCUAGCGGUGGCCUCAGCAAGGACGAAAUCGAAAACAUGGUCAAGAGCGCCGAGCAGUACGCGAAGGCGGACAGAAUCAAGAAGGAAAGAGUCGAGGCUGUUAAUCAAGCCGAGGGAAUUAUACACGACACGGAAUCGAAGUUGGAGGAAUUCAAACCGCAAUUGCCACAGGAAGAGUGCGACAAGCUUAAAGAAUUAGUUGCAAAACUGCGUGAGACUUUGGGUAAGAAGGACGACGUAGAACCGGAAGAAAUAAAGAAACAAACGAGCGAACUUCAACAAGCGAGUUUGAAAUUGUUCGAGAUGGCGUACAAGAAGAUGGCAGCGGAGAGGGAAAGUCAAAACCAGCAGCAGUCGCAGCAAGAACCCGAGAGCGAGAAGAAGGAGGAGAAGAAUUAAUUUGUAACACACGUUUUUUUUUUUUUUUUUUUUUUUUUUGNAAAAAAAAANAAANAAAAAAAUUAACAUUUCCACUUUUGUGUACACUUACUACAAAGCAUUUCGUUGCUGUUUUACAAGCUCAAAAGUAAGUUGAAGAGAAUACGAGUAAAAAAAAAUAGUAAUACAAAAAAAGUAAUAGAAAAUCUCAAUGUGUCUCGCGCAUUGAUAAAACAUUUAUUAAACCAAGAAAACUUGAUAAAAAGUUUCAAGUAUUAUAUGUUUUUAUUAUAGAAAGAGGAGAAGGGAUUUGAGUUUUCGAUUCGUAGCGAGCUGUUUUACUUUUGUAACAACAAAUUUUUCAUAAUUUAUAUACUUAGAUACGUGUAAGUGUUACGAGUUGCAUCCUACAAAAAUGUGCUAUGCAAAUCUUUUUGUGUUUCUUUUGAGGUAUUCGGAAAAUAACAGCCGUCACAAGUCUGUAGUUCCAAAUAACCCUUUGUUAUGGACGUGCACAGUUUUUUUUGUGCAUCGUAUGACUGUGUGCAGGGUGCGGCCGAAGUGGGAAAGAGGUGUCUUAUACAAAAAAAAAAAAAAAAAAAAAAUACAGAACAAAGCGCGACUGUUCGACACGUUCGAUAAAAUUGAAAAAAAAAAUUAAUAACGUGUACUUCGCACGUUAAUAAAUUUUUCGCGAUAAAUUCAAAGUUUAAAUCUCCUCUGUGUUUAAAUAAAGCAAGUUAUCACAAGAUUAAAUGUGCAUAAUAAAAAUUCUGACGAGGGGUUGUGUGGCAUAUUUUAUUUUUCUCAAUCACUGUAUAUUGUCAAAAUACAGUUUCAAUUUCUUUAAAAAAAACAAUGUCUGUUGUUCGGAAAACUUACUUCACAUUAUCGACUUUUGUUUCUGUGUGCGAAGAAUCGCUCUCUUUCCCGUAGUAGUGCGUAAGAGUCAUUUUGAUCGCACUCUGUACAACGGCCAGUGUGUAAGAGAACUCGGCCAGGUAGUUUUCACAGUGAAAAAA